GAAGAAGGAAACGUCUGCUCACAGUGUGGGAAGAGCUUCAGGUUUCUGAGUCAUCUCAAAAUACACCAGCGCAUUCACACUGGAGAGAAACUGUAUCAGUGCUCACAGUGUGGGAAGAGCUUCAGGACCCGGGGUGCUCUCAAAAUACACCAGCGAAUUCACGCUGGAGAGAAACCGUAUCAGUGCUCACAGUGUGGGAAGAGUUUUAAUACACAGAGUAAUCUGAAAAAUCACCAGCGCAUUCACACUGGAGAGAAACCGUAUCAGUGCUCACAGUGUAGGAAGAGUUUUAAUACACAGAGUUAUCUCAAAAUACACCAGCGCAUUCACACUGGAGAGAAACCGUAUCAGUGCUCACAGUGUGGAAAGAGUUUUAUUACACAGAGUAAUCUCCAAACACACCAGCGCAUUCACACUGGAGAGAAACCGUAUCAGUGCUCACAGUGUGGAAAGAGUUUUAAUGGACAGGGUCAUCUGAAAAGACACCAGCGCCGCAUUCACACAGGAGAGAAGCCAUAUCACUGUUCAGAGUGUGGGAAGAAUUUUAUUAAGCAGAGUCAUCUCCAACAACACCAGCGUAUUCACACAGGAGAGAAGCCAUAUCACUGCUCAGAGUGUGAAAAGAGUUUUACUAUGCAGGGUAAUCUCAAACAACACCAGCGCAUUCACACAGGAGAGAAGCCAUAUCACUGUUCAGAGUGUGGGAAGAAUUUUAUUAAGCAGAGUCAUCUCCAACAACACCAGCGUAUUCACACAGGAGAGAAGCCAUAUCACUGCUCAGAGUGUGGGAUGAGUUUUACUACGCAGGGUAAUCUCAAACAACACCAGCGCAUUCACACAGGAGAGAAGCCAUAUCACUGCUCAGAGUGUGGGAUGAGUUUUACUACGCAGGGUAAUCUCAAACAACACCAGCGCAUUCACACAGAAGAAAAGCCAUAUCACUGCUUAGAGUGUGGAAGCAGUUUCUCUUAUCAGAAUACGCUUCAAAAACACCAGCGCAUUCACACAGAAGAGAAGCCAUAUCACUGCUCAGUGUGUGGAAAAAGUUUUACUCAACAGGGUCACCUUCAAAAUCACCAGCGUGUUCACACAGGAGAGAAACCGUAUCACUGCUCAGAGUGUGGAAACAGUUUUGCUGAACUUAGUACCCUUCUAAAACACCAGCGUAUUCACACAGGAGAGAAACCGUAUAACUGCACUGAGUGUGGAAAGAGUUUUACUCAAAGUAGUGCCCUUAAAGUACACCAGCGUAUUCACACAGGAGAGAAACCCUAUCACUGCUCAGAGUGUGGAAACAGUUUUGCUGAACAUGGUACCCUUCAAAAACACCAGCGUAUUCACACAGGAGAGAAACCGUAUCACUGCUCAGAGUGUAAAAAGUCUUUUGCUAAUAAAAGUAAUCUUAAACGACAUCAACAAACUCACAUAGGAAAGUAA